UUGCUGCUUGUGGCAGCCUUGGCUCCUGCUGGCACCUUCCCUGCUAAAAAUGGUGCUGCAAAACAGGAAGAAUGGAUGGAGUGUUUAAAAGACUCCGAUUAUGAACAGCUCUUAGAUAUUGCCAAAAAAGGGCUGAAAGAGACUCAAGAGCCAAAGACCAUUGUGAUUGUUGGAGCAGGAAUAAGUGGACUCACUGCCGCCAAAUUACUAAAAGAUGCUGGACAUCAGGUAAUGAUUCUGGAAGCCAGCGACCAUGUGGGCGGCCGGAUAAAGACCUAUCGUGAGCAAGACUGGUACGUGGACUUGGGGCCUAUGCGUCUGCCUGAAAGCCACAAAAUAGUUUCUGAAUAUCUGAAGAAAUUCAAUCUUCCCGUAAGCCCUUUUGAUUCGUGGGAUAAGAAUGCCUGGUAUUUGAUCAGGAACAUAAGACGACACACAAAAGACAAGGCCAGUCCUGGCAUCUUUGGAUACCCAGUGAAGCCCGAUGAGGAGGGGAAAUCUGCUAAAGAUCUCCUGGACAAAGCACUGAGCAAGCUAUCAAAAAACUGUGCGCUUUUGAGGGAGAAGUAUGACUCAGUUUCCACCAAGGAAUACCUGAUGAAAGAAGGAAACCUGAGCAGAGGAGCCGUGGAUAUGAUUGGUGAUUUCUUGAAUCAAGAUGCUGGCUUCUAUACAUCAUUUCUGAGCCUCCUCUUUGUUAGCUUUUCAAAUGAAACUAGGUGGGAUGAAAUCACAGGCGGAUUUGACCAGCUUCCCAGGAGCUUCUUCAAAGAAAUGCCUAGGAUAAUUCAUUUUAACUCCACAGUAGAGAAAAUUGUCGAAAAUGGCACGGGAGUAACGGUGCGGUUUCGCCAGCCAGGCAAAUCCAUCCUGUUGGGUCUGCCUGCCGACUACGUCCUCAUCACAGCCACAGCAAAAGCCACACGGCUCAUCAAAUUCCGUCCUCCUCUUUCCCCUACGAAAGGUCAUGCUCUGCGUUCCUUUCAUUAUACGAGCAGCACUAAAAUUGCUUUGGCUUGCACUGAGAAAUUUUGGGAGAAGCAUGGGAUUCGAGGUGGCCACUCAGUUACAGAUCUCCCAUCCCGAAAUAUCUACUACCCAAACAGUAACUUCUACAGUAAGCUAGGAGUCAUCUUGGCUUCUUAUACCUUGCAUGAUGACGCUGACUUUUUCCAUGCCCUCAGUGAAGAGCAGUGCAUUGAUGUGGUCAUGGAUGACCUAGCAGAAGUCCACAAUGUGUCCAAAGAAUAUCUCAAAUCUGUUUGCACUAAGCAUGUGAUACAGAGAUGGGGUCUAGACAAGUUUUCAAUGGGGGCAUUUGCUUACCCCACCCCCUACCAGUAUAGCCACUUUUUCAAUAUUUUGUCUAAGAAUGAAGGGAGGAUUUACUUUGCAGGAGAACACACGGCCCAUCCCCAUGGCUGGAUUGAUACAGCAAUGAAAUCUGCUAUUAGGGCAGCCAGUAGUAUUCAUCAUGAUACCUUUGGCUCCAAAGGUCAUACGUGAGUAAGGCCAAAGAUGCCACCAAGUUAUGAUCCCCACUUUUUGGAAACACCUCCCAGAAGAGGUCCAUAAAACUCAAUCUCUUCAGAGAUUUCAUCAAAUAGAAGCAUCCAAACUACAGCACGGAGGAUACCAGUGGUCCCUGGACCCUCUCUCAUCCAGCCCCCAAGCUCCCCAACACCCAGAGACCCCCAACCUUGUUUCUGCCUCCCUCCUGGGGUGUCUCUACUGCUGACAGCCCUCUCCAGUACCACCCCAGCUUGACCUGCAGCAUUCAGCUUCCCUUUGUGUGGAGCCUCUUUUUCACCCUCUGCUGCACUAGUCCUAGCAGGCUUUUGCAGUGGGGAGGAGGAGCAAUUGGUGCCCACCUUCCCCACUGCUAGGACUUGUUCAUGCUUAUCCAGUAGCAGAAAAGAAUGGGUAGACGCUGGCCCAGCCCAGUGAAUGAUUUCUCUAGGGGGCCCUGGAACCAAAAACAUUCAUCACCUCUGCCAUAAUAUUUUAAAAUUAUUUUCCCAGUCCAUCAUUCAGUGGCCUGUAUCCUGCCACUCCACUACCAAAGUUUGGAGC